AAGCUGCAAUUAAUAUUUGUAUAAAAGAAUUGAGAUAUCUGUCGAACAGUAUCAGUAAGCAUUCAAGCUCCAAGUGAUUUUUACAAAGAAAUAAUUAAAACACACAAUGUUCUUUAAGACAUCUUUGAUUGUUCUUGCUCUCGUUGGAGCCAUCGCUGCCCAACAUUACUACCAACAACAUGAGGAAGAACACCACGCCCCGGCUCACUACGAGUUCCACUACGACAUCCAUGAUGACCACACCGGGGAUGUGCACGGGCGCAAGGAAUCUCGAAACGAACACCAGACCCAGGGUGAAUACUAUCUGAUCGAUGCCGAUGGUCACAAGCGCACUGUCACUUACCAUGUUGAUGGUAAGAGUGGAUUCAUCGCCCAGGUGCACCGUGAGCCAAUCAAGGGACACCAGGCCCCUCAGUCAGUGCACAAGGUGGUGGCUGUCCCAGUGCAUCAUGGGUACUACCACUAGAUGAUGUUAAAUUAUUUUUAGUUAGUCAAUUUAUAAAUAAAAAAUUGUAGUUUAUGCACACGAAAUAAAAACAAAUAUUCACUUGCCA